CAGUCAACCAGCACAAACACAUGCAGACAUGUCUUCUUGUCCAGUGCUUUCAGAGCCCAUGCUGCUAAAAGAAUUCAGUAAGAAACAUGGCAACGACCUACCUCAAGUAAUAUCAGCUCAAGAUUCGUUCUAUGGCAUACAGGACGACUUUCAGUUGGAUUUGGACGGAGGGGAAGAGUUUGAGGUGUAUUUCAAGAAGGACUCGCCUGUGGUCUACGUGAAAACUGCAGGAAUAAAAUACACGGUCCCCCUCCACAGUACCUUUAAGUUCAGCGUACUGUAUAAUCCGAAAAGCGAGGGCUUGGGAACUGCUAGAAGAGGCUACCAGUUUGAAACGGCUGCAGAUCUCAUGAAAGCCGAUCCUUUACCUAGUGUAGUGCACGUUGGCAAAGACUGCAUCACAUCCAAGGCAAUGAAUGGAAGAGAGGUCAUACCGAAAGGCAGCUUGCUCAUUCUAAAAGGAUUAAUCGCAGAGAAGAACCGUUUUGGAAAAUCAAAAAUUCUCGUGUGCGUCAAUGUCAACGAGCCUCUAAAGAAGUUUUACUUGAAGGAAAAGGCAAAGGGGAAUUUCAGCACUAAAGAGUCGUUGCUUCUGUUCCCGAUGCCCAUACUACUGAGUCACAUCAAACUUCCAUUUACUACAUCGAUCUACCAAAACGAUAUCUUGCACCCAAUAUUCCAUGACAAGACGGGUUAUAUUGACAGUGAGCCAACUAAUCUAGAGUCCUUCAUAGUAUCCCCCGUCCCGUCAGAUGUUCCAAAACCAAUCGUACCUCUACCAGCAGGUAAAACACUUCCACGCACUGAGAACCAGAAUCGAUUGAUCGAAAUGUCCUUAUCCCUCCCAGUCAAUUUUAGCGUAGUCCAAAUCUCCGAAGAAAAGAAGGAACAACUUAAGCAGAAGAGGGCACUUGUGGCAGAAACAAUUUCACCUGAGAACAUGGAUCUAGUAUACACAUUCUCUUUAGAGUGUCCAUUGCAGAAGAGCCUACUGCAACCGGUCAACAAUGAGGACUGGUUGCACGAGGCUGUUGCUACUGAUAGCGAUGCAGUUUAUGAGCCCAUGCCUAUUGGAACAACAGGUGGUAUGAAACCAGUGAGAAAUGCUAGCACAUCUGCCAUAAUGCCUAUACCUGCCGAACCAGUCAGAAAUGCUAACAGGUUUUCCAUAGUGCCUUUACCUGCCAUAUCGCGAAGCAAAUCUGUCAUGGAUAUUAAAAUUAAGAAAAGUCGUCCAGGCCCUCCCGUACCGCCUAAAAGGACUCGGAGACACUCGAGUGGUGAGGGUAACCAGUCGAUUGAAGACCAUCAACAAGCUAGACUGUUUUACUCUCUUGACCGUAAAGCAUUCAAGAAGAAGAAUCCAAUUCUUUAUGAGGAAAUGGACGAAGAAGGCUACACCAAAGUAGAGCUUGUUGAUGAGCCAACAGAAAUAUCAGACCCCUCCAAAGAGAGCUAUACUGGGUUACUGCAUCGUGAGGAUUCAACUAACUCCUCAGGUAUUUGUGAGGAGGAUUAUUCCGAAGCUGUAUAUCCCGAGGAUUCAACCAAUUCAUCUGUCAAUUGCGAGGAGAGCUAUUCCGAUUUGAUACCUUCUCCAACUGAGGUGAAAGAUCCCUCUAUCGAUUGCAAAGAGGAGUAUACCGAAUUGAUUUGUCCUGAUGAGAUGACAGUUUGCAAAGAGGACUACACUGAUUUGGUAUAUCCUGGCAAUACCUCAGGACUUGAAAGGAGCUGUCCAAUCUAUGAAAACCAGUGUCAUCCUCAAUUCAACCAGCAAGCAAGCACUGUUCAAAGUUUGUCUCAUGAGGUUCUUUAUAUGAAUCUUUCAGAAGCAAUAGCACCUAAGCAAACGGAUAAGAAUAAUAAUGAAGACAAGACACGCUUUCUUCAAAUCAACAGAAGUUUACUGCUUAAAUAUGGACCUGAACAGAUAAUAGAGUACGUGACAAUUAUAAUGUAA